CAAAGGAAAAAUUUAAUUUAAAAUUUUAGAAGAAAUGAAGUUUUCAACAUCCUAGAUAAUGAGCAAUUCAUAAAUCAGAUCAGAAUCACCGUCAUUCUAAAAAAUGUAAGCUUUAGCAGAUAAAUGGACUUAAUUAAAAGCUGGAAUAGAUAGAGAUAAAUUUGAAAAAAAAGAAAUUAUUGAUGCAUCACUUUAAAAGAUUGAUAGUUUAUUAAAUUAUGAUAAAAUAAAGGAUGAGGAUAAGUUUAAAGUAAUUUAUAAACAAUAAUAAUAGACACUCAAAGAAUAAAUUUUAAAACUUAGUGAUCAAAUUAAUAAUGAGAAAUUUGGGAAAGAACAUUAUGUUAGAUAUUAAGAAUAAUUACAAUAAUUUGAAGAAUUAAUUAAUAAAUAAUUAGAUGAAGAAAAAAAUGUAAAUAUAAUUAAUAAAUUAAAAUAGAGUAAAAGAAGAGUAGAAAUGUAGUUAUUAAAAUAAAUAGAAGAUAGAUUUGAUACAGUUCAUGGAAUGCUUGAAAAAAAUAAUUCAAUUUAUUAUGAUAAAUUGAAUAGAUAAAUAGGAGAUGUAAGCAAUUAAUUAAAAGAUCUAAGAUAUACUAUUGAAAAUGAAUAAUAAAAUAGGUAUUAAUUAUAUUAUAUAUAUAUAUUAGAUCUGACUCAUAAACUCAUUUAAUAGAACAAAUGGAUCUAGAAUUAAAUAAGUUUUAGGAAAUGAUGUCUAUAGAAAGAUCUGUAAGAGAAGAAACUGAAAAAAAGAUAUUUUCUAUGAUAGAAGAGGUUCAUUAAAAAAUUUAAUAAGAAAUUUAAGUUGAAAGAUAACAAAAAGAAAAAUCUCAUGAGAGCAUUCUAAAAUUAUUAGAAUAAACUUGUAUCAAAAUAGAUGAAAGCUUUAAUUAAUGA